GCGAGGCCUGUCUUUAUUUAUUACACAUCCUUCCUAUCCCAUGUAUCGUAAGCGGUGAGGUUCGAGAGCCCAGCAUGGUGAAAUCGUUUGUUAUCGCCCUGGUGGCAGCGAUUACAUCGGCAAUCAUUUAUUCGAAAUUACCUUUGAUCUCGAUUCUUUGGAAUAAUGCUCCCGGUCGCCUUCCACAAAUCAACACGCUCAAGAAUCAUGAAAUAGUCCAUGUUAACACCAUCAGGAACUGCGAGGAUGCAGUGCUCGCUGAUGGGUUUUUGAUUGCGAGUUGCGAUCCUUCUCGUGACACCUGGAACACUAUCAUGGGGACCCUUGUCAACUCUUCAUCCACUGAGCAGACCGGACUAUACUUCCUCUCGACUAAAUCCGCCAAGUCCACGCCAGAGAAGAUCAAGCUGCUUGAUUUUCGCCCCGAGCCGAGCAACUUCCACCCUCUUGGCAUCGAGUAUCACAAUGGAAAGAUCUUCCUGUUGAACCUGGCAGUCAGUGGCCCGAAGAUCGAGAUCUUCAAGCUGCUGGCGAAGGACCGCGCAGCAACUCACAUUGCCACUUUAGAGAAUCCUCUGGUUAUUGCUCCCAACAGCAUCGCAGCAAUCAGUGACACCGAACUUAUAGUAACGAAUGACCAUUACUUCCCGGCGUCUUACAGUCCAAUUCUGAACCUGCUAGAGACCUACACGGCUCUCCCGACAGGAAGCGUCAUCUACAUCAAGCUUGAUCCGAAGGGCACCUCCAUCACCGAGAGCAAGGUUCUGACGAGGCUACCUUUUGCCAAUGGAGUCACGCUGUUGAAUGCAACCACAGUCGCCAUAUCAGCUCUUACCAAGCCAAGUAUCGAGCUCUUCGACAUCAAGCGACUCUCAAGUGGCAGCAUCAACUUUAUCUCUACCAAGUCAAUCCCAGUGGGCUUUCUCGUUGACAAUCUCUCCGUGGAUGGCAAUGGCAAAUUGCUCGCCGCUGGGCAUCCAUUCCCACCUGCCUUGGACAAGAUCGCCGCCAAUCAGCGAUUUUGCCUUGACGUAGAAGCUGCUUCUGACCCCAAAUGCAAGUUUGACCGGCUGAGUUGGGUAGCGGAAUGGAGCGAGGCGGAGGGCGUCAAGAAUCUGCUUGUUGGAACCGACUAUGGUACCUCAACGACGGCACUUCGCGAUGUCAAGAACGGAGUCGGCUUCGUCACUGGUCUGUACGAGAAAGGACUCCUUCGAUGGACGGAAUGAGCAGACUAUGCGGCAAUGCCAUCUCCGCAGCAGAAUGCAUAGGUAGUCCUUCCUUCAAUUUCAACAUGAUGGGAUGAUGUGCGAAUAUCUCUUCGUAUUGCAUGUAUGGCUGAAAGUAGUAACAUGACACGCGACCUCGGGGCUAGAGAAAUAAUUCUUCCCAAGCCUCAACGGUGACGCAUUACCCGUGAGUGGUGCCGACGC